AUGUGGCUUGUGCUGCUGCUCUUUGUCAUUAUACUGGGACUCUUUGUUUACUAUGACACAAAGAAACCAAAGAACUUCCCUCCAGGUCCACCAUGGGUGCCAGUGCUGGGGAGCGCCCUCCAUGUGAACAGGUUACGCAAGCAAACAGGCUACCUGUACCGUGCUACUGCCGAGUUGGCAAAUUGCUAUGGCCCAGUGGUGGGGCUUCGAGUGGGCAAGGACCGACAAGUUGUCCUCUGUGGUUAUGAAGCCAUCAAGGAAAUGCUGUCACGUGAGGAGUUUGAUGGCAGGCCUCAGGGUCUCUUCUACGAGACCAGAACAUGGGGUAAACGAAGAGGUGUGUUGCUGACGGAUGAGGAGUUCUGGCAGGAGCAGCGUCGCUUUGUGCUGCGACAUCUCAAGGAGUUUGGUUUUGGGCGUCGCACCAUGGCAGAACUAGUGGAGGAAGAGGCUAGGCAACUUGUCCAAGCGUUCCAAAAAAGACUGGAGGGCUUCCAGAAUGCAGGUGUGGUGAUGUCAAUGCAUAAUGCCUUUGGUGUGUAUGUGCUCAACACUCUGUGGUCCAUAUUGGCUGGAAUCCGCUUCAGCCAUUCAGAUCUGGAGCUGAAGAAACUACAGGGUCUGCUCACAGAACUCUUUGCCAACAUUGAUAUGGUGGGCUGCCUCUUCAGCCAGUUCCCUGUGUUGCGCUUCCUUGCACCUGAGUUCUCCGGCUACAAGCAGUUCCUUUACAUUCACCAAAGGGUGUGGCAUUAUCUCAAGGCAGAACUGGAUAAGCACAAGGCGACUUUCCAGCCGGCUGAACUGCGUGACUUCAUGGAUGCCUACUUGAAGAUUCUUAUGUCAGAUCAGAAGAAGUCUAGCUUCUCAGAGUCUCAGCUGCUGGCAAUCUGCAUGGACAUGUUCAUGGCUGGGUCUGAGACCACCACAAAGUCACUGGGAUUCUGUUUCCUCUACCUAUUGCUCUACCCUGAUGUACAGCGCCGUGCCCAGGCUGAGAUUGAUGCUGUAGUAGGGCGAGAAAGACUGCCGUCCCUCAGCGACAGACCCAAGAUGCCGUACAUGGAGGCCAUUGUGCUGGAGUCAGUACGAAUGUUCAUGGGAAGAACGUUUAGCAUUCCCCACAGAGCUUUGAAAGACACAGAGCUCCAGGGUUACCACAUUCCAAAGGAUACCAUGGUCAUAUGCAACUUCAAUGGUACUCUCAUGAACAAAGACAUCUGGGGAGAUCCUGAUGUCUUCCGGCCCGACCGCUUCAUAGAUUCACAGGGAAGCAUUUUCAUUCCUGAUCAGUACACGCCGUUUGGAUUUGGUAAGCACCGGUGCAUGGGAGAGACACUGGCCAAGUCCAAUGUGUUUCUCUUCACAGCAUCACUUCUUCAGAACUUCAACUUCAGUAUUCCACCAAGCUCAUUGCCCCCAACCACAGAAGCGGUUGACGGAGUCACACCAUCACCAAAACCUUUCCAUGCACUUGUGACUCCCCGUGCAGUGGACUGAGUGAUUCUCCUUCGUAGGGGCAUGUGUCCCUUUACAUAUUAUCCCUCACAAGACUGAGAAACAUCAGAUUGUGACAGGAAAAAGCGAAUUUGGAAAUCAGUGAACUUCUUGAGAAGCUGAACAAUUCUACGUGAGAUCUGAGGUUCUCGUGUUGGUGACUAUAAAGAUUACUUUGUUCCGGUAUGUGAUGUUGUGCAGCAUGGUAGAUAGGUACCAACUUUUGAACCUCCCCCCUUCCAUAUACAGGGUCAAAGAAGGAAGAAAGGUUCUUCCAGUCUUGAUAACUAUCUACCAACCUACAUGAUGUCACAUACCAGAAGACCGCAAUCAUAGUUAUAUAGUUAUAGAAAUAGAAUGGAGUGCCAUAACUAAAAUGCACUAGAAGCUUCACUCUCCUCAUCCUGUAAAGAACUCCACACACCCUCCUUACCUUCACAGAAUGACAAUUUGCAAUAUCACAAUUUCUCACAAUCCUCCAUAGAACUGAUUCCUUUUUCAGAGCCCAACAGUUGCUCAGCCCCUAUAAGAUAGUCCCAGCAUUGUAUAGAAACCAAACGUUCAUUACUAUGUUCACAAGAGCCCCACCGUUGGUCUGUAUUCUAGGCCAGAUGACUCCAGCUCACACCCUCACAUCCUAUUUUUUAAGCUUCAUUUUAAUAUUGUACUACAUCUAAAGCUAAGUGUUCCUAGCAGCCACUUUCUUUCAGGCUCUUCUACCAAAAACCUUGUAUGUACUACUUUUCCAUGCAUGCUACAUGCCAUACUCAUUACAUCCUCUUUUUAUGUGAUCAUAUUAAUAAUAUUUGGCUCUAAUUGUUCUGAUUAAAAAAUUAUCAUGACAGUUGUUAUUGGCUCUUCACAGAAGCUUUCUAUAAAACUGCACAGGUGUUAGCAAAAUGACACACUUCAUAUCAUCUCUGUUUUGUUCGCUGCUAUAUCAGUAAUUCAACAGAAUGCUGGUAAAAUUAAUACUUCCUGGAACUGAACACCCCUCCACCUAUAUAGAUACAUGGGGAGAGCGGAGUUGACAUUCCACCCCAGAACACAAUUUCCUGGACAUCAUCCAUCACGUUAUUCCAAAAACUAGAAUAGAGUGUUUUCGGAGAUGUCUUUGCUCCCAUCUUCAGGUUGGGGAGGUACCUACACAGUUGGACCCAUUACACACAGUUAAUAUCAGUUACUUUUAUCUAUAAUUUAAUGACACUGUCAGCAGCUGUACAGAGUCACAUGGUAACAAUGAUUAAUGAAUGAGGCAUUAGAAAGGCCAUGGAUUGAGAUACUAUCUUGGCAGUUGCCUGGAGAGACUUGACAAAACCACGAAAAUUCUCAAUCAUGACAGUUGAAGUCCUGGCUGGGAUUUGAGCAAGGCAUCCCCUGAAUGCAAGUUAGAAGUGUUACUGUCUGACACAGCCAACUUUAAAGUGGUCCAGUGACUCAGAUUCACUUGACCCAGUGAUAAAACUGGGUAGGUACCCUCCCCCCCCAAAUUUGAGAAUGGGGGCAGAUCCAGCAGCCAAAACACUGUGCUGCAGUUUUUACAAUAUCAAAUGACAAAGUCUGUAAACCUAGCAACACUCUGUACAAUGCACCUCUGUUAGAACACUUUUUUCUAUAAGACAGAUUUAUUAUCUCCAAGAGCACAGGCCAUACAGAAUGUUUCCUUAAAACUUACAGAAUAUAAAUGUAAUUGUACAGAAACGUUGAAUCUAUGUGAUACAGAAAACUGGUCAUAUAAAUGCUUUAACACAUUCACAGCCAAUCCUGUUACCUGACAAGUUCAUGUUUACCAUCAGUCAGAGACAAGUUUGUCAGGUGAUGAGAUGUAUCCACAGAUUUCACUCAAAUGCACAGAAACUUUAAGCAUAGGUUCUUCAAGCUUCAAUGAGCAGACACAUACAGCAAUAGUCAACUGCUUUUCGUUUGUUCUCUUACACUUCUGAUUCAAAACAUAAUAAAGCCAAAAUUCAGUGUUUGGGAACAAAUGGCUGGCCCAGCAGGUAACACCCCAGCAUUGGUGCAUGAAUGUGUUAAGGAUCCUAGUGGUAUGCAAUCCUUCUCCUUACAACCCCCUUCAAUCACACAUUAGCAAAGUAAGACAAAAUAAACAGUGCAAGCAACAGCCAUUAAAAAUAUGCCUUGCCACAUUUACAGAGACAUCACAUCACAAAGAACUUUUGUCUUCUUUUUUAAACUUACUCAUUAAAUGUCUGUAGUGUUUUGCAAAUUGCUACACAUACAGGAGCAAGGAACUGUUGAAUCAUGGGUGUGGAAAUGUCAGGGAUAACAGUAUAUAGACAAACACAAUUCAGCAGUUCCCAAACUGCAGCAUCUACACACUGGCCAACACAAGGCACCACUUGGUUGCAGAAGUAAUCAAACUUGAACUUCCAUCCUAUUCAGUUUCAAUACCUUGUACAAUAUUUACUGUCUGUGUUAAAAAAAAAA